UCGCACUCGCCAUCUCGCCAUGCUCAGAAGGCAUGGUGGUGAAGUUUGCAAGUGACAUUCAAGUGCCGUUUUUCUUUUCAUCUGCAAUAGAUUGUUAUCGCUUGAUAGCCACUUGAUAUUUCGAAACGUGAAGGGCAAUGUCUGAGAAGAAGGACGCAGGCGAAAGUUCAGAUGUCCAUCCCGAGGAAGUGUCGGACCCAUGGUCUAUGAAGCUGCCUGCCUUCACGAAAGAAGACAACCCUCACGGCGUACUCUGCGAAAGCUCUUUUGCAACUCUCUUCCCAAAGUACCGUGAGAAGUAUUUGAAGGAAUGUUGGCCACUCGUGAAAAAGUCUUUGUCCGAACACGGCGUGCAAGCAGAGCUGGACUUGAUCGAAGGAAGCAUGACUGUAAGCACCACCAGAAAGAUGUACGAUCCAUACAUCAUCCUCAAGGCACGCGAUCUCAUCAAGCUCCUUUCACGAAGUGUCCCAUACGAGCAGGCAAUCCGAGUGCUCGAAGAUGACAUGGGUUGCGACAUCAUUAAAAUUGGAAGUUUGGUUCGGAACAGAGAACGGUUUGUCCGCCGUCGACAGAGACUUGUUGGCCCUGAUGGUACAACACUCAAAGCAAUAGAACUGCUCACUAAUUGCUACGUGCUCGUGCAAGGCAAUACAGUGGCUGCUCUGGGACCUUACAAAGGCUUGCAACAUGUGCGUAAGAUUGCAGAAGACACUAUGAAGAACGUCCAUCCAAUAUAUAAUAUCAAGGCGUUGAUGAUUAAACGAGAGCUUGCAAAGGAUCCAAAGUUGAAGAAUGAGAACUGGGAUCGUUUCCUUCCUAAAUUCAAGUCCAAGACCCUUUCCCAGCGCAAGAAGCCCAAGAAGAGGCGUGUCAAGGGAGAGUACACGCCGUUUCCUCCACCGCAGCCAGAAAGCAAGGUGGAUAAAUUACUGGCAUCUGGUGAAUAUUUCCUCAAAGAAAGUGAACGUAAGGCGAAGAAGAUGAAGGAAAAGAGUGAGCAAAAGGUGGAAGCUGAAGUGAAGAGACAGGAGAAGCGCAACAAAGCCUUUGAGCCACCAGAAGAACCCGUAAUCAAGAAGAAAGCCGAGAAACGAGAGUCCACGUUCAACGUUGAAGCUCUGAAGAAGAAAGUGAAGUUAUCUCAGAAAAGGGCGGAUAAGGUUAAGAAAAUCCAGUGGCAGAGCUGAAUUCGUCUAAUUUUUUCAGGUGCACUUGUCUUAGUGGACAUUUUAUCUCAUUGUACAUAUUGUCAGUGUCUCGAGUUGCUCAUAAAUGUAUCUGUGUACAAAUAGUA